AUGUCAAUGUAUAAUAUAAAUAAUUUAAUAGUUUUGAUUGUAAUUUACUGCUCAUUGUCAACAGUGGUUUUGACUGAGACACCACCUUCACUUUUACUUGCAUUCAGAACGUCUAUAAACGAUCAGAGCUUAUCAACUGCUCUCAAUGUAACUUCACUCGGAGAUGGGUCUGUCAUCAGAGCAAAAGAUUUUGAUGGUUCUACAAUGGCAGUGUUUCCAGAUGUAAACAAUGAUACUGUGUUAAUAUUUGGAGCAAUUGAAGUCUAUUGGAAUAUAUAUCAGUUAGAUUACCAAACUUUAGAGUUGACUAGUUUAGCGAUCUUUAAGAAUCCUUCGCCUUAUGCAUAUCAAGCCACUGCAUUCGGUUAUGAGCCAUCUCUUCAGUUAGUUUUUAAUGUUGGAUAUGUAGGUGCCAAAAAACAAUUUAGUUUUGUUAGUUGGGAUUUUAAAAAUAGUUUAUUAAAUACACAACCAUUAUCUUUAGGUAUUAAUACUGUUGGACAACCAGUUGGAUGUUACAGCCAAGAAAGUGGUACAUAUUACAUAAUGGUUGGAGUGCAAGGCGGUAAUCCACGUCUGGUCACCUAUGAUGUCGCUGGAAAGACUUUGUCACCCACUCAAUAUGAGCUGACAUCGGAGUUCACCAGUGAGCCAUUCUUCUCUAUCUUUUGGAUUGCGGAUCAACAACAGCUCUAUGGUGUAGAGAUUUCCACAAAUACAACCAAUGGUUCACAGCUAACUAGUUUCAAUCUUUACAAGAUCAAUCUAAAUAAUAAUCAUGCUGCAAAAUCAUCAUCAACAGCAAACUUAUCAUCGGCAUCUUUGGAGCUUGCCUAUAGUAUUGACAGCAUCUUUAUAAGUAGCGAAUUCACACCAUACGUAGUCGAUACCAAUAUAAUCGUUUUCUUCACAGUCAACAAUGAGGGAAAUCUUGUGACGACAGCACUCGACUUGAAUAGUAUGCAAUCGGAACAAUCCGUAUCAAACCAAUUCUACAACAAAGAUUUAACAGUUAUAUAUUACAUUACAUCACAUUACAUUCAUAAUUUAUUCCAAAACUUAAACAAAUUUUAUAAUUUCAUGUCAUCAAUGAUGAAAUCUAAAGGAAAGAAGGCAGCUUUGUUUGAUGAUGACAUUCAGUUAGAGUGUUUCUACAAUGACAACAAUUGGGAUGCAAGAAUAUUUGAUAAACAAGCUAGACCUAUAGGUUCAACUGCCAGAUCAGAAUUUACAACAACAGAAAGUAAAGAGAUUCAAGUUAAAAUAGGUUUAAGUGAAUGGAAUAAGUUGGUUAAAGACAAUGAGAAGUUAGCUUUACAAAGCUAUUCGAUUGAGCGUGCUUCCUAUGUUGGAACCGCCGAGACACAUUCAGUUAGAGUCCAAUGUAAUUUCGAUAUUUUGGUGUUUUCAACGAAUCAACAGAUUCCACUGUUACCAUCCUCCAUUGCAUUGACAUCAUCAAGUAUUAAAUAUUCAUCACACAUCAACGAUGCCGAGCCAAAUACAGUUGAUAAGAAUUCGUGUAUUGGUGUCAUCGACAAUGCACAUCAAUUCUUCCCAGAAAAAGCAGGAAAAUAUCACUUGAAAUUGGAGGUACUGGUCAACUAUCUCACAGCAAAGAAGAAUGGUUUCGGUUUCUCCUCGCCAAAAUCGACUUUCAAUCAAAUUUCAAUAUCCGUUCCACGUGAAGUACAAAUCAAGAUCGAUCCUGUAUCUUCACAGACCGAGCACGUAAAGAAUGACGGUGAGUCAAUAUCCACAUCGACCGCUUCGAUUCCACCAACUCCCUACAUUAAAGUACAAUGGACUGACUUUGAAAUCGAGGAGAUCGUUCAGGUCACAGCAGCUACACCGGUCGAAAAGAAACAAUCGGAGCAAGCCAAAGCAACCGUACAACAGUAUACAUUGUGCUCGGUUGGCGAAGGUGUUGUCGUUUUAAAUAGUUCCAUUAAAUACUCGAUGGUCAGUGGAAGUCUUUCAUCGAUGGAGGUCAUCAUUUCAAACAAUCUCAAUGUUCUCUCAGUCGAGGGUAUGGGAAUCAAGAAAUGGGAGUGUUUCCCUAUUGCACCGCUCGUCGAAAUCUCCAAUGCCGCCAGACCACCAGCCACAGAGAAGCUCGUUAAGAUUCUAUUAAAUUCACCAAUCGAAGACAACUAUAUUUUCAAUCUUAUCUCCGAGUUUGAGAUGUCAUCGACGUCGUCGGACAUUGCUAUCUCCAGUAUCAGAUGCAGAGGUUCAGAGAUUUCCAGAGAAAAAGGUUUUCUCGUCGUUGAGAAAUCUACUGCCAACGUCGAAGUCGAGCAUUUGGCACGUGAGGGUCUGACUUUAAUCGAUAAAACAGAAGUACCACACCCAUUGGCCCAGAUGGCAAGCGGUCCAUUGCUCUUGUCAUACAAAUUUUUGGAUCCAAAGUACAAGUUGGACAUCAGAAUCACCAAGCACUCUGACCUUCAAGUGUUGGUUGCUAUUUGUGAGAGUGCUCACUUCAUGGCCACACUGAGUUCAGAGGGUGCUCUCUUGAAAAAGUUGAUCUUCAACAUUAGAAAUACACAACAACAAUAUAUUAGAAUUCCAAUUCAACAUAGAUUCGAGAUUUGGUCUACAAUUGUCGCUGGUAAAGCAGUAAAGCCAGCACAAGACGAGAAUGGAAGUGUUAUGAUUCCACUUUCAAAGUCAUCCGGCACUGAGCGUGGCAUCCAAAAGCCAUUCCAAGUAGUAUUGGUAUACAAGCAUGCCGCUGACACCGAGCUAUUCAACGAAGGUAAACUCGAUCUCACUUUCCCAUCGAUCGAUAUACCAAUCAGUCAACUCUAUGUGUCUCUCUACCUACCAAAGGACUACAAAUAUUCACAGAUCGAUGGUAACAUCAAAGAGGUUUCACAUUUCUUUGGAAAGGUACCAGAUGAUUCAGUCUGUGAAUCUUCGAAAGCAGCUCCUCAACAAAUGAUGCUACAACAAAUAAUGCCACAACAACAAAUGAUGUCCAAUAUGAUGUCCAAUCCAAUUUUAUCCAAUUCUAAUAUAGGAUUCGGAGGAGGAGCGACUCCAUUGCCAUCGGACGAUAAUGAUACUGCUGGAUUGAAGCCAGUUAUUGUCAAUAUUCCAAAGUCAGGUAUGUGGAUCAAACUUGAACAAUUACUUGUCAUUUCUCAAGAGAUUCAAAUCUCUGUUAAAUACUCCCAAAAGAAAAAAUGUUGUUAA